AUGGGAUUUUCAGCGACGGCGCGGCUCGUGGCUCACGGCCAGCGCGGCCGCGUGUUUCGGAAGUUCCGGGGCCAGCCUCCUAAGCGCUUCGACUGGUUGAAGAACCAUCUGGAUCGUCUUUUGCGCUUAGGACGCAUAGAGCUGACUCUUCCCCGUGCUAAGGAGCUGCAGCAAUAUGCCGAAGAGGUCGUGUUUCACGCAAAGAAGGACACUCCGGAGUCCGACCUUAUCGUUGAGAGCAUGCUGCGGAGCCCCGAAGCCCGGCAGAAGCUCUACGAACGCUAUGUGCCGCUCUACGCAGACCGCCCUUUCUUUUUCACUCGCGUGAUCAACCAGUGGCGUCUGAGGUUUUCCGACGCCGCACCGAUGGCCUAUCUCGAGUUUGUGGACCGGCCGGGCGAAUUGAGGCCCGCUAAGCCGGUGGGAGGGCGCAAACUUCUUCAAGUGCACGCGCUAAUGCAAGCUUCGCGGCGCGAUUAUCGCAAGUACUACGCAUUCGCCAAGAGCCACGGCAUGCUCGACAGCGAAGGCAACCUGCUUUCGGACAUCAGCCACCUGAUUGGUGACUCCGAAUCGCCGUGGCACGAAAGGGCCGAGACUGUGUCCACGAUCAACCCGCAGUGGCGAGAGCACCCGGUGAUGCGCCAGAGGUUAGAGCGCAUCCAGUCGGUUGACUUGAGGUCGGACCGUGCCGAGGAGACGUUCGAGUCGACCUACGAGGAGCCGGCCGAACGGCGAGUGCCAACGAGCAACCCCGACCUGAGCUCCGCCGUGCGUCGACCGCGGUUCAACCCGCCGAAGGUGGCGCACGGCGAGGCGCCGGCCGCCGAGCGGCCCCGGCUGUCGGUGGAGGAGCGGUAUCCCCUCCCCGAGAAGUAUGCGGAGAACCCGGACUUGAUCCCGAAGUACUACGCGUUUCAGUCCAACCUGGUGACCGAUGAAGACCUACAACCGGGAAUGCUCCGUCAGCUCGAGGUCGACAAGCGUCUGACUCUGCCUACGCGUACGCAUAUCCGCUUUCUGAUCACCGCGACCGACGUCAUCCACACGUGGUCCGUUCCCAGCCUCGGCAUCAAGGCUGACGCGGUGCCCGGCCGCCUGCAUCGCGUGAACACGUUCAUCAUGCGCGAGGGCGUUUUCUACGGCCAGUGCUCUGAGAUGUGCGGGACGCUGCACGGGUUCAUGCCAAUCGUGGUCGAGGCCGUUGCGCCCGAGACGUAUGCGGCGCAUGCCAGGAAGUACUAUCGCGAGGACUAA